UUUUAACUGUAAUCGGUGUGUUUCCGUUUGUAAAUCCGCUCUUUAUACAUACCGAAAAGCAUAAUUUGUAUUGAAAUUGGUAAUUUUAUUAUCAUCUUGAAGCAGAUUUAAAGCAUGACUACGUUGGACGAUAAAUUGUUAGGGGAGAAAACCCAUUAUUAUUGCAGUAGCAGCAGUGAAAGUGAAGAUGAUUCGGAUAAAGAAGAAGAAAAGCCUGCUCGAGAAUCGGCCCCAAAAUUUAUUCCAACUCAAGAACUCAAUCAUUGGGAGGGUUCGUCUACCAAUACUGGCCCUAAAGGUGUAAUUAAAGAUUGGCAAAGAUACAAGCAGUUGGAAUCGGAAAGACGGGAAGAACAAGAAGCAGAAAGACUUGCUCUUAUUAAAAAAUUAUCUUUAACUUGUCAGUCAGCAAAUGAUGAAGAAAAAUCUCGUCAGGAACAAGAAGAGUUGGAUGCUGAAUUAAAAGACCUUUUUGAUGACAAAAUUCUUGAAGAAUUCAAACAAAUACACAUGCAGCAAAUGAUGGAAAAACACUGCAAACAGUCACAUUUUGGCACUGUAUUUCAGAUACAGUCUGGGCAGGAAUAUCUGGAUGCAGUUGAUCAGGCUGAGAAAACAACAGCAGUUGUAAUUUAUAUAUAUAGUGGUAAUGAAAAAAGUUGCAAAUUAAUGUAUCAUUGUUUUGAGGAACUUGCUGUUGAAUAUCCUGAAGUAAAGUUUUGUUGUGUUGAAGUAUCUGUUGCUGGAUUGAGCAGGCAUUUUGAACGACGAGGUGUGCCAGCUAUAUUAAUUUAUAAAAGUGGAAAUUUGGUGGGAAACUUUAUUCGUGUAACUGAUGAGCUAGGAGAUGAAUUUGUGACGUCUGAUGUUGAAAAUUAUCUUCUGGAACAUGGCAUGCUACCAGAUCACAGCUUGGUUCUUGCUAAUCUUCGUCGAUCCCAAAACCAAGGAAAGGAAGAUAGUGAUUCUGAUUAAUAUUUAUUUAUAUUUUGUAUUUAUAAAUCUUCAACACUAUGUGCACUAUCAUGAUAUUUUGGAGAAGAAAAUGAGAAAACUUUUGAAUUUAUACUGUCAUUUUUUUUUUUUUUUCUAAUAUUCACUAUGAAAUUUUCAUCAAAAGAACUUUUUCUUAUAAACUCAAAAUCCAAAAAAUAGUGGUAUUUCACUUAUUAUUAUUUCAUGAACAUUAUUAAAUUACAUUUAGGAAAUAUCUAUUCAUUUUUUCAGAUGCAUAUUUUGUUAUAAUGUAUUCAUAUAAAUGUUAAGUACAAAUAAUAUACAUUUAUAAUUCACACAUAGAUAAAAUACAUUAUAAUUGUUAAUGAAAAUUAGAUGUAAAUAUCGGUACUGUAUUGUUAUUGUUGUAAAUUAAUAAGAUUAUUCUUUUAUUAACUGAUAAGAAGCUGUCAAAAAUAAUAUUGAGAAAAAUGUAUUGAUUAUGAAAAAUAUUGUUUCUCGGUUUGAUAUUGAAUUAAUCUUAAUUAUCCCGUAAUUACUUUAAACUAUUAAUUUGUGAAGAUUAAUUUUUAAAUAAUUGUUUUACUGUGAAUAUACUUCUUUACAAAAUAUUUUUUACUGCAAAAGUAGUAUGCUUUAAUAUAUAUUUACGAAUGUAUCUUUAGUGUUUGUCUUGAUAUUCAUUCAAAUACUCUCAAGCUAAACAAAGUUAUUCAGGAACAUUUUAUUUUUAACUUAUCAUGCUAGUAACAAUAUUGCAUCCAUAUAGAAUGUACUUAUUUUUUCCUCCUAAAAUACUUUUUUGAUAAUUUAAAAUUGUAUAUUAAACAUCAGUAUUUAUCAUGUGCAUAACUCGUAUUAACCAUGGUUUUUAUACCGUGAAGAAUGAGAAGUUGGAAUUUUUAAUAGCCUAUUUUUUCCCUUGAAAUUUAAAUAUAUAGUUUUGUACUUUUUGAUAUGAGUAUCAAAAUAAUAAGAACCAUGCAGAUACUAAAUAUUUAAACUAGUUUGUUUGUUUUUUAAAUUUUAAUCUAUUAUAUAAUUUUUACAGUUUACUAGAAAAGCUAUGUAUGUUAUC